AGCACCAGGCAUGCCCCUGGCUCAAGCGACUAAUUCAAUAUCCUCGCCGAAGAAGACAGUUUUUUCCGACAUCAGCAACAUGAGCACAGGACGUCGUUCAUCGGAGCAGUUCAUUAAACUAAUAAAAAAAGGCCACGAGGAGAAGGACGAUUGUAACUCCGAACAAGAAAUCGUUUGCCUGACUGAUGAAGAAGUAAUGUUGCAAGAAAAUGAUAGACUAAACCAGCUACGAAAUAAAAUUGAAAAGCCGGUCGUACAGGAAGUGUGCAAUCGCGUUCAUCACAGUACAUACUCACUCGAUGCUCUAGUUGAUUCUAUUGAAAAUUAUCUUGAAGAUUUUUUCGUCAAGGGUGAACAUGUCGAAUUCUCUCCCAGUAAAGACAGGACAGUGCAAGCCAAAAUCCUGGGCGUUGAGAAGAAAGGCGGUGCUGUUUUCUAUACGAUAGAAUAUGAUGACAAGGAAAUUGGCAAAAUCAGCAAGCAUGAUUUGAAACGGCGUUACAAAAUAACUGAGGAUGACAUUCGCUCACUAAUUUCGCUUAUGGCGAGCCACGAUCAAGGAAAACCUUGGCAGAUUGAGGAGGCUUACAAGAAAGAGUAUAAUAUCAAAGACAAGCUGGCGCCGAUAUUUUGUUCCUCGCAUGCCAAGCCAUCCAACAUCAUUGUGAAUACGACUGGUAGAGAGGCUGCCAGUAAUGACAAUGAAAAGAGCUCGGAUUCGGAUUCGGAUGCUCCUCUCGUUGUUUUUGUCGGCAGGAGAAGUGGUGUCGCAUUGCCUCCCAACGCGUCUUCGAAGGACGUAGAGAAGCAAAGGAAGAAACAGGAAAAGAAGCAACAGAAAGAUCAGAAAGAAAAGGAGAAAACGGAUAAAAAAGAUAAGAAGAAACAGACAAAAGUGAAACCCGAGGAAUCUAGUGCGAAAGAAAAUGGGGGAUUGGAUAAAUUCAUGACAUCGGCGACCCCUGCAAAUGGCAGUGAUCAGUCGAGUGCCUCCAGCAGCUCUUUGCUCACUCCUCAAAGUUGGAGCGAAAAGCGAUUUAAUUCUGCUGUGGAUAGGCUCAAGGAAGCAUGGCGCAAACGAGAUGAGGAAGAGUUCAUGGCAGCUGCAUCACGAGCCGCGAAGCUCCUUUCCGGUGUACAAAUUGAUAAGAUCCCUCAUGAAUGCCAUCGUUAUGCUGUACGGCAUGCUUACGAUAAAGUAAAGGAUGCUGAGACGCUGAAGAAGUUGACUACAAAAGAAGCCCGAAAGGAAUUCCGUGAAAAAAUACAUCAAGAGCGGCAUCAUCAUCAGAAAGUAAUGACAGCAAAAAUCAAAGCAUACUUCAACCAGAAAACAGCCGAUGAUGAUCUAACUAUAUGCGAUAAGCCUCUGCCAUGUCCGGGGCGUAUUGUACCAAUCCCAACUGGUCAAUCGCUGCUAUUCACCGAUUGUUUGAUUCUCACACAGUUUCUUUCUACUAUGAAGAAGUUCAUCGAGGCCGACCAUAAAAUCACAGCAAGACAACUUCUUGAUGCUGUGCACGAAGGCAGAGUUGGUUUCAUGAAAUGCACUUCGAAGUUGCUCGGAUCGCUUUUGAAAACCCUUUUGCAGGAUCCUGAACAUAGCAAGCUAUCUCACUUUGAUGUUCGUCUCAGGGAAUAUCCCAUCGAAGAAAACACCGUUUCUGAGCUGUGUCGUGCACUUCUUAUGAGGAGCAUGGGUUUAGAGGAAGAAAGCAAUUAUGCUGAUGAUGAACAAAACGGUACAACACAAGAAGAGGACGCUGAUGAAAACGCAGUAGAAAGUGAUCGGGGAACACCUGGAGCUCUUGAUGUCUCACAAAUCGAUGUCGAUGUUUGUCAGACACUGCUUGAUCGUUUUGCGCCGGACAAAGAAAUUUGGGAGUUAACGCCGGAGGACCAGCUAGGCGUGCUAAACCUUGUGCUCAAUCGUGUACUAGAAUUGGGGUCUUUCAAGGAGUACAUUAGCGAUCAGGGAGACACAGGUCCAGUACAAACCUUGAAGGGUAAAAUUAGCAAAAUCAAUGAGCAGAUCAACUCGUGGCAAGAAGAUCUAGCGAAAAUCCCCGAGAUAGAGGAAGUUGUCGACAUAGCUCAACUUUCUCGCUCUCAAGCUCGCGAAAGAACAGAACUGCAGAAGAAACGAGAAACUCUGGAAGGGAAGAUUGAGGACAGUAAAAACAAAUUGGAGGAGUUGCUCGAAAAACUAGCGCUUGAAAGAGUGAUGAAAAGUCAGUCACGGCGUAUCGCUCCCCUUGGUCGAGAUCGCCAUUUUCGUAACUACUAUUGGUUUCACGGAAACACAGGCGAUGAUGGAAUUUGGGUUCAAGAUUUUGGAGUCACCUCAUACGAAAAAUUUGUUCGUGCAUGCAUCAAAGCAGGCAAACCCUUUGACGAGGAAGUGGAACAGGCACCUGCAUUAGCCACGGAUGACAAUCUGAACUCCGCGGAUCUUUCACUUCCUUCAGCAAUGGAAGUAAAAACCGACGAAGGAUGGCCUGUACUUGAGCCAGAAAGCUACUCUGAAACGUGGUACAAGCUGCCUGAUGUACAGUCAUUUGAAGAACUGAUAAAUUCUCUAAACAAAGUGGCUGUACGAGAGGGGAAUCUGAAAGCGUCUUUCACAAAGCAACGAGAUCUAAUUGUGAGCAGCAUUAUCCGUGGAAACGAUAAAGAGAGCAAAUCUCCUAAACCAGACCAAGAGGAUGAUGAGAAUGAAGAUCUCUGUCCUGAAUCAUUGACUCCUCUACGCAAAUCCGUUGUUGAACUGGCAUCUGAUUUGAGAGAUAGCUAUCUGACCACUGUAGCCAGUGUGGACGCUUUUGAAGCGGAAAUCGCAUGUUGUUCAUCUCUUAAGGAAGUUAUAGAAAAAUUAUCCGAACUGGCAGACAGCAUCAACCCGACAGCAAUAGUGAGAAAACUCAAUAUGAAGGUCGCAGUGCAGACAGGUCAUUUUUCUCACUUCAUUAUGGAUCGCUGGAAACAUAGAUUGUCUGAAUGCCAAAAUGCAUCAGCCGUGCAUCUAUUGCGGAGCUAUCUCGAUUCGAGAAUUGACUGGAAGAAGAGUGUUGUAGAGAAGCGAUGUAAUGCUUGCGGCAGCCAAAGGACACCAGAAGCAAAGAUUAGUUGUAGCAGCUGUGGAACAGUAGUACAUUAUUAUUGUACUCGCCCUAAAUUGCAAGAAAAACCUGUCAGCUGGAUGUGUCCGUCUUGUAAGCAGAAUGAAGCUAAAAAGAACAAAGUAGAAGCUGUGAAUCAGCGUGGGGCAGCAAAGCCCAAUUACAAGGAAGACGAUGAGAGUGGCGAUGAAUCUGCUGAUAGUGAAAGCGAUUCAGGAAGCGACGAUAACGACGAUUUUUUCUCGAAGAAGCCACGUCGAACGACUAAACGGAAGGGCUACAGCAUUUUUGAUGAUGAGGUGACCGAAGAUAAGGGAUCAAGAGCGAAACGAGCAAAAACAAAUAAAGUUGCAGAGGAUUGUAUGGAUCUUCUAAGUCGAGUAAAGUCUGAAAACCGGUUGUAUCGCGCUUUGCAAGCUAUUCCACCUGGACGAGCAACCAGAAGAGCAGCACCUUCAUCAAUCAACAGCAUUGAAAAGGGAAUACAUCAGUAUUCAUCGCUAUCUUCAUUUGCCGCUGAUCUGGACUCAUUCUUCAAAUAUGCACAUUCUUACUUGGAAGAACAUAAUGAACGUAAAAUGGAGGAUCUUGAAAAUUUACUCAGCGAAUUAGAGCUUGACUCUAUUAUAAAAGUUAAAUGAUUCGUGCACUUUAAUACCAGGCCUAGUGCUGUCUUAUAAUAACAUCUAAUGUGGUAAGCUCGGUGAUGUUUUAGACCUUAAAUUAUCAUGCAUGUUAAUUUGAUGUAUGUAAUUAUCAAUAUUGUUUUAGUUUUUGACUUUAGAAUGUGGUAUGUAUUCGUUUUUCUGAUUAGUUCUUACUAAUCCUCAUUAAAAUGGCUUUCGAUUGUAAUGUAUCUCAAGUGAUCACCUCUUUAUCAUCAAGGCAUUCUCUGCUAGGUUUUCCCAUGUACGAGUCUUACUCAAAUAUUCCCUUUUUGUGCAUAUGAAACUUCUUUGUAGCAAUAUCUUGUAUCUAAGCUUACAUACAUCUUACACAGCAGGUCGAAGCUCAGUCUUUGGUGGAUGUCCAAGUGAAGAAAAAUGAUGUAUCAGUGCACUUCUGUACCAUGUACUAGUUAUGUUUGAUCGUUGCAGAUUGUUGUACCUCUUGAAACAUGUCUUCUGGAUAAAGGCUCUG